AUGGCUGACGAAAAGUCUCGCGUCUCCGGCGACGUCCCUCGUCCGGAGCCCGUCUUGCCCACCGUCAACCCUCAGGUUGACAAGCCGCAGCCUCCCAAGUCCUCAGUCCAUCCCGCUCUCUACGUAUUUGUGUGGAUCGGCUUCAGCUCGUCCGUCAUCUUGUUCAACAAAUGGGUUUUGGAUACACUCAACUUCCGCUACCCGGUCAUUUUGACCACGUACCACCUGACGUUUGCGACCGUCGUCACGCAGCUCAUGGCCCGCUUCACUUCCCUCCUGGAUGGCCGAAAGUCUGUCAAGAUGACCGGGCGUGUCUACCUGCGAGCUGUGGUACCCAUCGGCAUCUUCUUCAGCCUGAGCUUGAUUUGCGGAAACUUGACCUAUCUCUACCUCUCCGUCGCCUUUAUUCAGAUGCUCAAGGCCACCACUCCCGUCGCCGUGCUCAUUGCAAGCUGGACCCUGGGGGUGACCCAACCCAACCUGCGGCAGUUCCUCAAUGUUUCCGCCAUUGUUGUCGGUGUCAUCAUCGCCUCCAUGGGCGAGAUCAACUUUGUUCUCGUCGGCGUCUUGUACCAGAUCGGUGGUGUCAUCUUCGAAGCCCUUCGCCUUACCAUGGUCCAGCGUCUCCUGAGCUCUGCCGAUUUCAAGAUGGACCCUCUCGUCUCCCUGUACUACUUUGCUCCGGUUUGCGCCGUCAUGAACGGCGUCGUUGCUCUGCUGUGGGAAGUUCCCAAGGUCUCCAUGGCUGACGUGUACAACGUCGGUCUCUUCACCUUUUUCCUCAACGGCCUGUGCGCCUUCAUGCUCAACGUUUCCGUCGUUUUCCUGAUUGGCAAGACGUCUGCUGUUGUUCUCACCCUCUGCGGCGUUCUCAAGGACAUCAUGCUCGUCGUUGCCUCCAUGGCGAUUUGGGGUACUCCUGUAACCGGACUCCAGUUCUUUGGGUACACCAUCGCCCUGGGCGGCAUGGUCUAUUACAAGCUCGGCUACGAACAGCUCAAGGGCUACAUGGGCGAGGCCAACCGACAGUGGGCAGAAUUCGGCGCCCGCAAGCCUGUUCUGCGCAAGCUCUCCAUCAUUGUCCUGUCCGUCAUGGUCUUGUUCACGCUGUUCACAUCCCUGGCUCAUUCGGGUGGCUACGACGCCAGCGCGUUGACCGAUGAAGUUAGAAGUCGCUUCGGCAAGACGCGUAGUUGA